AUGCCAACCAGAGAGGAAAAGGACGAAUUUAUGAAUGAACUCUUUCAUUUAGGACUUGCUUCAAAAACAGAACAAAGGGUAGAUUACGAUUUUUUAUUAAAGUUACAAAGUCUUAUAAUAGAUUGGUGUAUAGAUGGAGUUAUAUUGCGUAAUGUGUACAACCAAGCACUUGAUCAUCUAAAAAGCGAACGACCCGACCUUUCAGAUAAAUUUGUUAGAAGCCUUGGUCAUGGAAUUGGCACCGAGUUUCAUGAAUCUGCAUAUGUAUUAAAUUCAAAUAGCAAUAAGGUUUUUAAAAAUGGAAUGGUAUUGAAUCUAAUUGUUGGAUUUCAAAAUAUAACAAAUCCUAAAGCAAAAGAUGAUCAAACAAAAAACUAUUCCAUAUGGAUUAUUGAUACCGUCAAAAUUUCAGAUGAUACGUGUCAUUAUAUGACAGAUGGAAAUAGAAACCGUGAUGCUACCACUUUUUUCACUGAAGACAAAGAAGAUGAUGAGAAUAAAAAAUAUACUACCACUUUAUUCAAAGACGAAGAACGAAAAGAGCAUCAAGCUGAAUUAGCAAGACAGAAACAAACUGAUGGCUUGGCUUGCCUUCUCGAGGGAAAAAGAGACAAUAUGAUUGAGGUACAUGAACAAAUAGUUAAACUCAAGAAAAACUCGACUAAAAAAGAAGCAGAACAUAUACUAGCAGAUGAAAAGGCCAAGUAUGUUGAUGAAGAAGAGGUUGGUUCAGAGCUAAAGGAGCAUAGAAGGCAAUUCUUGUUAAAUAAAAGUUUUAAAGGUUUUGCCAAUAAAAUUGCAGGGCCCAACAAUGAAAAAGUACAUGUGGGUGUUCCUUUUAGAGAUAUUGGAUUCUUCGGUUUUCCAUUUAAAACCAAUGUAUUAUUACAACCAACAACUGAUUGUCUUGUUAGAACUAUAAAAUCAACAUUGAACAAUUCCUUUCAUUUUCCCAUAGUUCCUUGA